AUGAUUAUCUACGAGGACAUUAUCUCCGGAGAUGAGAUUCUCUCCGAUACCUUCAAGAUCACCCCGGCCAAGGAUUGCCCCAUCCUGUGGGAGACCGACUGCCGCAAGUACCUGAAGAAGAAGAACGAGGACUUCGAGCUCGCCGGUGCUAACCCCUCUGCCGAGGGUGGCGAUGAGGGCGGUGAUGAUGAGGGUGAGGCCGUCAUGGUCCACGACAUCGAGGACCAGUUCCGCCUGGUCUGGCUCAAGACCGAGGAGGGUCUCAAGCCUUCCAAGGAUGCCUUUAAGGGCCACCUCAAGAGCUACCUCAAGAAGGUCCUGAAGAAGCUCGAAGAGACCAACGCUGGCGCUGAGGCCAUUGCUGAGUUCAAGGCUGGUGCCCCCGCCGCCAUGAAGAAGCUCAUCGCCAACUACGACAACUACGAUGUUAUGAUGGGCCAGUCUAUGGACGGUGACGCUAUGCACGUCCUGAUUGACUUCCGUGAGGACGGUGUCACCCCCUUCGCCACCGUCUGGAAGCACGGUUUCCGGGAGGUUAAGGUCUAA